AUGACAAGCAAAAAUGGAUAUCACUGGACACCCGAAACGGGUCUGUCCCAAGGUCUCACAUCCGAAGGAGUGAUUCAACCGCCCCAGAAACUCAGCAACGAUGACCACUAUGAUGUGAUCGUCAUCGGCGCCGGUUACUGCGGCUUGACCGCUGCACGGGACAUGUGCACCGCAGGCCUCAAAGUCCUCCUCCUGGAAGCCCGCGACCGAAUCGGGGGCCGCACAUGGUCGACGAACAUCGAAGGGUACAUUUACGAUCUAGGGGGCAGCUGGGUGCACUGGGCGCAGCCGCACGUGUGGCGCGAGAUCUUCCGAUACGACAAACUGGACGAGCUACGUCGGUCGACCGACCUCUCAUACGGGGUGAACUACUUCCGGCUACGGACGCCUACCUACGACGGGCGGAUGUCGCACGACGACGAGGAUGAGGUGGUUGGAUCCGGGCUGCGCAAGUUCGUGAACGUCGACGGCGCGUACGGGCAGACCAUCAUGCCCUAUCCCUACAGAACCUUCGACAACCCGGCGCUGCGGCCCUAUGACCACCUCACACUGGGCGACCGGCUGCGCCAGAUCGAGGCCGAGAUCAGCCCCAACGAGCGCGCCGCGAUCCUGGGCUACAUCCUCACCACCUCUGGUGGUAGCCUCGAGACGACCAGCUUCGUCGAGUUCCUGCACUGGUGGGCCAUGUGUAACUACACCGUGCAGGGCUUCCAGGACUGCCAUGAAGGGUUCCAGCUGCAGAAGGGACAGUCUGCAUUCGCGCGCCUGUUCUUCGAGGAGGCGUUGCGGACGGGGAAUCUGUCGUAUGCCUUUGACAGCCCUGUGCAGUCUGUUGUCAGCGAGAACGAUAACGGCGACAUUGUCGUCACAGUCGAGAACAACCAAAGCUUCAAAGCCGCCCGCGCAGUCUGCACGGCCCCGCUCAACACCCUCAGCAACAUCACCUUCACCCCGCCUCUCAAUGAAACCCGCGCGGCGGCUAUUCGGGCAGGCCACGUCAACAAAUGUACCAAGAUCUACGCGGAGGUCGACGACAAGGAGCUGCGCUCCUGGGGCGGCAUCAACUACCCGGACAACAAGCUGAUCUAUUCAAAUGCCGUUGGCGCUACCCCGGCCGGAUAUCCGACGCUGGUGUGUUUCGGGCCCGCUGAGAAGGGACUGCAGCCCGAGGAGGAUAUCGAGGAGACGUUGCAACAGGUCAAGAAUAUGGACCCGGGGGUGAUUAAUCCCCGACGCCUCGUGUUCCAUAAUUGGGUUAAGGAUCCGUAUAGUCGCGGGGCUUGGUUUUACCCGCCGCCGGGGCUGUUGAGUGAGGCGCUGGAUGCGCUGAGGGAGAGGCAUGGGAACGUUCUCUUUGCGAGUGCGGAUUGGGCGAGGGGGUGGAGGGGGUUCAUUGACGGGGCAAUUGAGGAUGGGACUAGGGCAGCGAUUGUUUGCUCGGAGGAGUUGUUGAGAGGGAAGAAGGGCAGGAUAGGCUUUUGUCGGGGGUUGAGCUAG